ACAACAUCACCAGCAGCAGUAGCGACAGAAGCUCAAAGCCACAAUAAUGACGAUACUAACAUGAAAAUCGACAGCAAUAGGCAUAGCACCGACAAUAGUAUGCGUGAGCAAUCCGGAACAAUAAACAUUGAUAACAGCGAAAAUCAGCAGCAACAGCAACAACAACAGCAAACGGUACCCAUGAUUGUGGAAGAAGGCGAUAGCGAUCCAGCUACGAGUAUUUGCGAUCGCAACACCACUACUGCUACAGGCAUCACCAGCUCACAAAAUGAUCAUGUCAGUAGCGCACGUAGCGACGAUUCGUGCUUGGACCUAUCCGCACCGGUACUACCCAAUGGAGGAGGAGAGAAUGGAAGCGAAAGGGGAAGUGGAGAAGGACGAGGAGUAGCACCUGCAUCGUGCUCCUCAUCUUCAUUUCCACCAUCAUCAUCUGCAACAACGAACGAUACUUCUACCACUGCGACAGCAGUAAUACCGGUAGCAACAACAUCUUCAUCGUCAGCUUCUUCUUCUUCUUCCUCCGCGUCCUGGCGACAUCAUCAUCGUCGAACAUCCAGCAACGAUGCAGCGGAUAUGAAUAAACGAUUUCGAUUAUCACAAUCUGAGCUGGAAGAGGAAAAGCCAGAAGACAGCGUGGUGGUUGUACCAUCAUCAGCAACGAUUCCGUCGUCAUCCGCAAGUGUCGGUUGCAUAUCAAGUGCUGCCUCACCAGACCCAUCACCAUCCACAUCUGCCACAACUACUUCUGGUACCAAUCCAUCAUCAUGCUCUCCUAGUAUCCUUUCAUCGUCGUCCACUAUCACCACUCCUACAGCGACCAGACGCGCAGCCACUCCCGACCAUUCGUACCACCACCACAUCCGUUGUGCUACUACAGCAACUUCGUCGUCCGCUUCUUUAGCCAGCAGUGCGGCGGUCCCGAGCAAUAGCGACAACAGUAGUAGUCAUGGAAACAUGAUGAAUAACAAUAACCAUGCCGGGAAUCCCAACAGUUGCUGUUGCUCCUGCUGCUGUAACUAUUGCUGUAGCAGUAACAGCAGUGGUAAUGGCAACAGCAGUGGUGGUAGCAGUAAUAACAGCAUUGGUUGCGGUGAUACCAGUGCUCGCCACCACUAUGCUGCAUCUGCUGCUGCUUCUCCGAACGAUUGCGUUAGCGCGAGUAGCAUUGGUAGCGAUUUGUCCCAUCUGCAUCUGUCUCGUGUCACAACAGCAACAACAACAACAGCUACUGCUGCUGCAUCCUCCCUCCAUCAUCACAAUCAUCAUAGUCAUCAUCACAGUCACUCAAAUCAUAUCCAUAGCCACCACCACCAGCACCACCACCAUCAUCACCACAGUCACCAUCACCAUCACCACCACCAUCAUGCUUCUUCAAACACAUCCAUAAAUCCUACUGCCACCACCAGCACCACCACAACGUCCGCUUCUUCGAAUCCACCUGCCGUCGUCGAUGUAUUCACUCGAUGCUAUCAAUCCACUGCUAGUGCUGCUGCAACGUCGCAUUUACAAGUGCACAACUUUCGACUGCACCGACGAUCUAGCUCGAGUUCAUCUACAACUUCAACAGGAUCAGCAGGCUCUUCAGUGUCGCAAAUGGAGGAUGAUGGCUCUUCCAGUGGUGGCGGGAAUAUGAAGAAAAGGACUACAACGCCUGUGAACAACCAGGAUAAUAAUACCACCUUUUAUCGAUAAGAAGAGAGUGAGGAAAAUAUUUUCCCUCCCACACAAAAAAUAAAAAUAAAAAGCCCACAACCAAAAAAAAAAGAA